ACACUCCUAGGCUCGGCAGGAAUAGUACCAUUUUUUUGCUUAUUUGACGCGGUCAACUCGUCAAUACUCGCAUUCCCGAUUCCCAAGAGUUGGCGAUACACUCUCUCUCUGCCGCGGCCCGUGUAUCAGACCCGACCCGAGACUACCACCCGUACUCGGACCAUCCCGUGCAGCCACACCGGUACUAUACGGCCCGCCUGAUCUCGCCCUGUCGGUGUCCGACCUCACCUUCCAUCAAUCCUCGCCCAGAAAAGCAACCGGAGCUUACUCUCUUGGCAGGCCGGGCGGGUUGACCCGGUCGGAAAUCUGUUUUCCGGCCUUUUCAUUCUACGCCACCGCCUGGGUUUUGUACUCUAUCUCCGCUGAUCAUUCCCACCUAACGGCAUAGCUCGAAACACCGUGUCUGGGACGAAUCAAAGCUUCAGAUCGGACCCAACUUUUGCUUCGAGGAUGAGUGUACCUCAAACAAGAAAAGCUGGGCUUCCAUUGAUGAAGCUUAUUAGAUUGAAAGGAAUUCCCAUCUUACAGCAGCUUGAGUUAGAGGAGCAACUGCUUCGCACCUCGUCUGAUAAUUGGUGCAUUGUAAAUGAUGGGACCAAUAAUCCUAAUAUUGUCAUGGGUAUUUCAGGAAAACCUGCAGAGCUGCUUGAUAUUGAAUUGGUGUUACGAGAUCAGGUUCCUGUCAUUAAAAGGUUUACUGGAGGUGGCACAGUUACAGUUGAUCAUGGCACGAUAUUUGUCACUUUUAUAUGCAAUAGGGAUGCUGUUCCUGGCUUGCAACUGUAUCCGCGGCCUAUAAUGUCAUGGAGUAGCCAAUUAUACAGCAGAGUGUUCGAAAUAUUUGGCGAUUUUCACCUUCGUGAAAAUGAUUAUGUAUUUGGUAACCGCAAGUUUGGUGGUAAUGCUCAGUCUAUUACUAAAAACCGGUGGAUCCACCAUACGUCCUUUCUAUGGGACUAUGAGGUCAAGAACAUGGCAUACCUGAAGCUUCCAAAGCGGGUUCCUGAAUACCGAUUGGCAAGGGACCAUUUGGAAUUUAUAUGCCGCAUGAAGGACUAUAUGCCAAGAUCAGUUUUCAUAGACAAAACUGUCGAGGCAGUUAGUACCGAAUUUUCAGUAAUAUCUGAACAUACGGACCAAUUCAAAACCAGCUCAAACUUUGAGCCCUCAACUAGAUUAUUGACUAGGCAGGAGUUGAAAGAAGUAGCCUCUCAACUUGAGAGCCCUCUCUCUCAGUCCUUAUUCUUGUAAUGAAAUAUGAGAAUUAGUCAUAAACUCAUAACCAUUAGGGAGGUAACUAAGUGAUGCCUCCCUUCAAUUGUUUCACCAAGUGUAAUCCUGUUUUUCCAUCCAAACAAUUGUUGUACUUGAUUUUGGAUAUCAAUCAAAUGCAAUUUCCAUAUCA